AUGGAUAUUCAAGAAUCAGAAAGGGUGGUGGUUGCCAAACCAGUUGCUUCAAGGCCUACCUGUUCUAGUUUCAAAUCUUUCUCAGAGCUCCUAGCAGGAGCAAUCAAUGACUCUCCCCCUACUGCAUCUUCUCAAGCUACUACAGUUUCUGCCAUUAGACCAAAGACAGUUAGGUUCAAGCCAGCAAUGAAUCAUUGCCCCACUCCUGGGUUUAUUUCUUCUCAGGGUGACAGUUAUGGAGCUGCAUUUGGUGAUUCCGCUGACAAGAGUCCUAAACCUGACACCAACCAGUCCCUCAUAUACAAGCCAAUGGCAAAGGUUGUGUCAAAGACAACUGCUUCUCUUCUGUCAAACAUGGGAAACUGCAGUACUAGUCAGCAACAACCACUCCAACCAAUGGAGGCCAAUCUUCAACAUUCCAACCAUGAAAAACUCAGAACCAAAGCGAGCUCAAAUCUUCAUCAGAGCAUUACUCCUUAUGCAGAAACAUGUCAAACCACUGAGCCUUGUAAGAUAGUACAACAGAACCUGGAGGAAGACCAAAAAGCUUUAACAUCAACUGCUAAUGGUGAUCGACCUUCUUAUGAUGGUUAUAACUGGAGAAAAUAUGGGCAGAAACAAGUUAAAGGAAGCGAAUUCCCGCGAAGUUAUUAUAAGUGCACGUAUCCUAAUUGUCCAGUGAAGAAGAAGGUUGAAAGAUCAUUUGAUGGUCAGAUUGCAGAAAUUGUUUAUAAAGGUGAACACAGCCAUGCAAAGCCACAGCUUCCUAAGAGAAACUCAGCAGGAGGGGCACAAGGUUCAGUGUCUGAGAGUGAGAGGAAUGAAGACAAUGAAGGUAGAAUGGAGAACCAGAAUGACACAGGAAUAGCGUCUGUGCAUUCAGCUUAUCAUGUCAAAGCUCCACAGGCUAAUAAUGAUUCUGCUGUUCUGAUUGGUGCGAUGAAUGCUGGUGGAGGAAACACAGAAAAUUCUUGUGGUCUGAGUGGGGAAUGCGAGGGAGCAAGUAAGGGAUUUGAGGCAGAGGAAGAGGAAUCCAGAAGUAAAAGAAGGAAAAAUGAGAAUCAAUCCAAUGAAGCAGCAGUAUCAGAGGAAGGUUUAGCAGAGCCACGCAUUGUGAUGCAAAGUUCAAUGGAUUCUGAAAUAAUAGGAGAUGGCUUUCGCUGGAGGAAAUAUGGGCAGAAAGUGGUGAAGGGAAAUCCAUAUCCCAGAAGUUACUAUAGAUGUACUAAUAUCAAGUGUAACGUUCGCAAACACGUGGAGAGAGCAAUAGAUGACCCGAAGUCAUUUGUCACUACCUAUGAGGGAAAGCACAACCAUGAGAUGCCACUCAAGAACACAGCAAGUGUGGCCUCUGAAAAAAAUUCACAGGCUUAAAUAAAGAUAAACCAUAUUAACACUUCAAUUAGUUAAGAAUAACAGUAUGACUUAGUCGGAGAGAAUCCGUUUAUAAUACAUUUUCAUAAGGUCAUUUGAAAAGUGUCAAUCUCCCUGAUAUAUUUUUUCAAAUUUUGAUAGGCUAGAAGCAACUCAUAUGAAAUGAUCUAUUCCUGCUAUCCAAAACUAAGCAUGCUUAGAAUAAUUAUAAGAAAUGUAUUUAAGAUCUACAUCUGUUAGUACAUGUUCAGUUUCAGCAUAAUUAACAAACAAUACUGUUAUAUUCCCUUUCAGCA